GAAAUGGUUCCUUCCUUCCUCUUGUGGUAGUGUAACACUCCGUUGUCUUGUCCUCCGAGUUCCUCACUCAUAAUUAAUUCCCCCUUUCAUUUUCCUUCCAAUUUUUCAAACACCAGUAAAUGGCCACCCAUCAAUUCCACCCCCACAAUUCCUUCUUCUUCUUCUUUCCACAACACUAAACGCCGUCGUUUUCAUGACUCCAUAAUUCACCAGAAGCAGAACAAGAAGCAGCAGCAGCAGCAGCAGCAGCAGCAGCAGCAGCAGCAGCGCGAGUUCACAUGGGAUUGGGAACAACCGCGGCGAGAAGCAGAAGAAGAAUCGUCAUCGAAGAAGGUUCUAGAAGAACAACACACACCGCCACCGCCACCAACGCCGAUGCCGAUGGAGCUGGAGCUAGGUUCAACAACUAUCCAGCGAUCCUUCAACACGCGCUACACGCGCCACGCGCGCGACUCGCUCGACGAAUUGCCUGACAGCUUCACCAUCACCGACCCCUCCAUCCCUGGCCACCCCAUCGUCUUCGCCAGCCCGGGCUUCCUCAAGCUCACGGGCUACGCGGCCCGUGAAGUCCUGGGCCGACCCGCCGCCAUCUUCCAGGGCCCGCGAACUUCGAGAAAAUCUGUCAUUGAAAUUCGCGAGGCCGUUAGAGAGGAGCGAAACGCGCAGGUCGUUCUGCUCAACUACCGCAAAGACGGCACGCCGUUUUGGAUGCUUUUUCGUGUUUGCCCCGUUUUCAGCAGCGACGGUGGCGCCGUCGUGCACUUUGUUGCCGUACAGGUGCCGCUUCAGAAAAAGGAAGGGUCUGGAGUGAGGGAUUUCGGGUUCGGGUGCUGUCGGAAGGAAGUAUGCGCCGAUUCGUUGGCGGAGAUUGGUCGCGUUUGUUCAUUAGAGCAAGUGCUGGAACCUGACGUUAGAGAAUUGGAGAGAGAAGAGCCGUGUGAGGCAAGUGAUGAGGAGAAGCGUAGUGCAGUUAAUGCUAUGGACAAUAUAUUUUCUGUGCUAACCCAUUAUAGUGAGGCGACGGGCAGAUUGGUGUGUCAAAAGAGAUGCAGCAUUCCUGAUGUGGGUCUUUUAAGCACAUCCUUGAUUAUUUCUCUUGGUAGAAUCAAACAAAGCUUUGUAUUAACUAAUCCGCGUUUAUCAGACAUGCCUAUUGUUUAUGCUAGUGAUGCCUUCUUGAAAUUGACAGGUUAUGCAAAAAAUGAAGUUUUGGGCCGCAACUGUAGAUUUUUAGGUGGAACAGAUACUGAUACCUCGACAUUACAUCUGAUAAGGGAGAGCAUUAAAACAGAACAACCAUGCACAGUACGUAUUUUGAAUUACAGGAAGGACAAAAGCUCAUUUUGGAAUUUUCUUCAUAUCUCACCCGUUCGUGAUGCUUCUGGCAAGGUUGCAUACUUUGUGGGAGUUCAAAUAGAAGACAGCAAUAAAAACGAUGAUAGCCAUUGUUUGAGUCCUGAGAAGAGGCAGCUUAAUGUGGUUGGUGUAGUCAAGGUUGCAGUGAGGAGUUUAUCAAUGACUGUGGGAUCUUCCAAGUCGUAGCAAAAGGAUCAUGUGAGUGUGAGUUUGGAACAUAUAAUAUUGCCUACUUCUCAGAAGUCAGAAAUAUUAAUCCAUUCGGAAAAAUGAUCAAUCUCAACCAGUGAUUGUUGAGAUGAUAGAAAGGUAAAAGAAUUAAUUUGUCAAGAAAGAAAAAGAGAGUCCAUAUUGUCAAUUGUAAGAAAGCAUUCUCUGUUGGAAGUUUAUAAAUAAAAUGUAUUAUAUUUUCCGUAAUGUAGCAAUAAAAAUUGACUUGUACUAAUUUCGUCUUA